UGUGGUGGACGGUAACAAAAAUUACAGGUCACUGCCAGGCACGUCCCCGGAUCGUCAGGACACGUUGGAGCACCAGGACCUACACUGUUUGAUCUUGUUUGUCCUGGGAAGAGACUUAAACUAAAGCUGCUGCGAUUCUGUCCGUGUUUAACCGAAACUGAGAGGCGGAAGAAGACCGAGGUGACUGGGUACACUGUCACAGUCUGUCAAGAUAAAGUGUUUUAAAGUGUCUCUGUGCUGCAGGAUAUAAGCAGACAUCAUGGAGGACGACCUGAUGUUUACCAUGGAGGAGGAGGGCAGCGCCAAGAGACCCCCCUUCCAACGAAGUGUCCCAAGCCAGCGGGCAUCCUCCCUAAGUGAUGCCAACGCCAGUGAUGAUGAUGACGAGGAUUUCAUCUGCCCCAUCCUGGACGACUCCGCAAGAGACAUCUGCCACUACCUGAAGAAUCUGGUUUACACUCGGCAGCUGUCAAACUCUCUUCCUAAGAACAACUUUUUGUACAAGAAUGAAACAGAAACGGUGGCAGAACCUCGGUCGUACCAUGUUUUGUCUCAGAGCGCACGGGACGCAUGGAAAAAAGCAAUCGAAAAGGCCAAAGCCAGGCCCGACCCCUGGGCCGAGUUUCAUCUGGAGGACAUCGAGACUGAGCCCUGCGUUCGUUACAGAUACAAUGCCGUCACAGGAGAGUGGGCUCAAGACCAGAUCCACAUCAAGAUGGCUGCUCAGCCGUUUGGGAAAGGGGCGAUGAGGGAGUGCUUCAGAGCCAAGAAGUUGUCUAAUUUCUCGCACAGCAGCAACUGGAAGUCGGCCUCUAACUACGUAGCGAAGCGUUACAUGGAGACGGUGGACAGGAAUGUUUACUUGGAGGAUGUUAGGCUGCAGAUGGAGGCCAAACUCUGGGGGGAGGAGUACAACCGCCACCGACCUCCCAAACAGGUGGACAUCAUGCAGAUGUGUGUGGUGGAGAUGACGGACAGACCUGGCAAACCUUUCUUCCACCUGGAACAUUACAUCGAGGGCAAGUACAUCAAGUACAACUCCAACUCUGGCUUCGUGAGGGACGACAACAUCAGACUCACCCCGCAGGCUUUCAGCCACUUCACCUUUGAGCGGUCAGGACACCAGCUGAUCGUGGUGGACAUCCAGGGUGUGGGGGAUCUCUACACCGACCCUCAGAUUCACACAGAGAAAGGGACUGACUUUGGGGACGGAAAUCUAGGUGUGCGAGGCAUGGCGCUGUUCUUCCACUCCCACAUGUGUAACAAGAUAUGCAAGAGUAUGGGCAUGACGCCUUUUGACCUCUCGCCUCCGGAGAAUUCCCAGCUGGACUGCACCAACAAACUGCUCAAGUCGGCCGAGACGGUGCUGAGGGGCUGCGAGGAGCUUUGCGGUUCCCCUCGCGUUCGCACCAUGUCGGGAAGCCGGGCACCUCCGCUGUUGUCCCGCCUGUCUGAGACUUCGUCUGCAGACGAGAGCAUGAGCGACGUGGAGUCGAUCGACCCCUGCUCGCCUCUCAUCUUCCACUGCUCCCCGCCGGCCGCACUUGGAUCCAUGGGCAAGUCGCCCAUUGGUUUAUCUUUUGCUGGGAUGUAUGAACAAGAGAGACUCGACAAUAACAACACAGGUGAACACAAGGAAUCCGACAGCGGCGGAGACAGCGGAUACCCCAGCGAGAGGAGGAGCGAGGGCGAUCCAUGUGACCAUGUUGAUGGGAGGAAGAUGGUAGCUCCUCCAAGGGUCUCUGCAAACCUAUAUUCAGCCACUCCUGACAACGAAUGGCUGACAGAAGAGAAGUGGAGCUUCUACCAUUCGUCUCGCGCUCACGUCCACCGACCAUCAUGUGUGGCCACUGAGGUGGAGCGACUCAACGCUCUGAUGCAGAAGAAGAUUGGCCAGUCAAUCCUCGGAAAGGUCCACCUGGCGAUGGUGCGGUACCAUGAAGCGGGUCGUUUCUGCGAGAAGGACGAGCAGUGGGAUCAGGACUCGGCCAUGUUCCACCUGGAGAGAGCCGCCCUGUGUGGGGAGCUGGAGGCCAUUGUUGCCUUGGGACAGUGCUAUCUGCAGCUGCCUCAUCACAUACUGCCAGACAUGGAGCUGGAGGAUAAUGCAGGAAACAGGAUGAAAGGUUUCAAGUAUCUUCUGCUGGCUGCUGAGGCUGGUGACAGAUCCUCUAUGAUUAUAGUGGCCAGAGCCUUUGAUACGGGGGUCAGUCUGUCAGCUGACAGAAAGCAGGAUUGGGGAGAAGCCAUUCACUGGUACGACACUGCGUUGAACAUGACGGACUAUGACGAGGGGGGAGAGUUUGAUGGGACGCAGGAUGAGCCCCGUUACCUGCUGCUGUCCAGAGAGGCAGAGAUGUACCAAGUGGGAGGCCACAACCUCACCGCAGACCCACAGAGAGCAGGUGAUCUGUUUACAGAAGCAGCAGAAGAUGCCAUGGCCGCCAUGAAAGGCAGGUUGGCUAACCAGUACUACAUGAAAGCUGAAGAGGCCUGGGCGCUGAUGGAGGAGUAAUCCCAGACACACACUUGCAUCUUGAAAAUGCUACAGAAGUUGAUGUGUCUGACUGAAAGUCAAGCUCAUUUUUACACAUUCAGGAUAUGACAUGUUUGUAUCCUAAUGGUUACCGUUUACAUAUUUUUUUAUUACAGAAUAUUGAAUGAAUUUUUGCUUUUGGUGCUAUAGAUCUGCGUGUGCGCGUGCAUGUGUGUGUUCAACCUUCCAGGUUCAGGCUUAGAUCUCCAGGUUUUCUGAUCCUCCUGUCCUCCUGACUCUUUUUCUUUAAUUUCCUGUUUCUGAUUACCUUCUGGCUAAGUGACUGUUGCUGCAUGUAAGAGAAGGCCUGAAGAAUCAAAACAAAGAAAAUAGUUUACUUACUUUGUUAACACACUUAUGUUGGAAGAAUGUAUGUAAAGAAAUGCUUGGAGUAUAAAACUGUAAAAUAAAGAUUGCUUUUUAU